AUGCUUUCUAUGGAACACAGAUAUAACAUCUGUUUGAUGGCAGAGAAACAUCCCAAAUGGACUCAAUUGGAUUUGGCUAAAUGGGCUUAUGAAACCUUCCAAUUACCUAAGAUUCCUUCGCAAGGUACAGUGUCAAGACUAUUAGCUAAAAAGGACUUUUAUAUGAAGACAAAAGCUCAUGAAAAGGAUGCAAAUAGAUUGAGAAAACAAAAUAACUUAUUGGUUCAACGUAUUUUGCAAGAAUGGAUUUCACAAAGUAUUUGGAAUAAUAUUCCAAUGAGUACUCAUAUUAUGCAACGUACUGCUCAAGCCAUCUGGUUAGAAAUUCCUGCCAGAUUUAGAGAAGGUUAUGGUAUAUUAAAUACAAGGUGGAUUAAUAAUUUUUUAAAUAAAAUGGAUUUGAAUUCAACGAUGUUGGAUGGUAAAGUUUUGAAGGCUCCGAAAGUUUGGACUUUUGAAGAAAGAACAGGUAUUAAAAGUUUUUUAGAAAAUGUUCCCCAGAAUGACAUUUUUACCAUUAAUGAAACUUUCUUAGCUUAUAAUUUACCAUUGGAUUAUGCACAAUAUGAAUCUAGUAGAAUACAAAGUAGAAUUGAAAUAAUUACCGUAAUGCUUUGUUCGAAUUUAACUGGUAGUGAAAAAUUAAAUCCUUUCAUUAUUGGUCGUUAUAAUAAUUACAGUAGUUUCAGAAAUCAUUUCCCCGAUAUCCCAACUGAUAGAACAACCUCAGAGGCUCAUUUAGGUGAUAGAAUGGCUCAGAAAUUCGGAGUAGCUUAUAAAAGUAAUAGAAAAUCUCUAUUAACAAGCAAUUUAUUUCAUGAUUGGUUGGCAAGAUGGGAUAAAAGACUGGUUGCCAACAAUAGAAAAGUAUGGAUUGUUUUAGAUGAUUCAUGUCCUCAUAGGAUUAUAAAUUUACAUUUAAAAAAUAUUCAAUUAGUUUAUGCUACAAGCAAUUCGUGUUUUUUACCAUUUAAUUGGGGGAUACUUGAUGAAUUUAAAAUUAGAUAUAGAAUUCAACAAUAUAGAGCUUUGAUAGAUUUGCAGAAAAAAAUUCAAAAAAAGGAAAAUAAAAAUAUUAUCAUCAGUUUCGAACAGAGUGAGUUAACGAUGUCUAAUGCAUUUAAAUUUAUAAAGAAAGCCUGGAAUGAUAUCCCUGUAGAAUCGAUUAAACGUAGUUGGAAAUGUUCAGGAUUGCUUCCCACUUUCGUCAUGGAUAAUGAAUUUGGAAAGGGAGUGUCAUUCAAAAAAAAUGAACAAUUGGAAAGAGAUUUGGCAGAAGUAUGCCAUAAUUUCAAUUGUUUAAAAAAAUGGGAUUAUGAGAAACUUAUAGAUCUAAACUUAGAAAAUAAAUACAGAAAUUUAUUAAACUUGCACGAAUUAAUCGAAGGGGCUAUUGUCGAUGAAUUUGAGCCAGAAUUCCAGCUUCCCAUCAAGAAUGAUAGUUCUAACGAAGAUUCUAGUUCAGGUCUCCCGAAUAAAUCAUCAUCAAAGAGUCAAUCAAGUACGUCACUUGGAGAUGAAGUCGCAAAUUCAUUAGAUAUAUGGGACAACUGGAACCAAGACGGUUAUGAGGUUGGGUUUGAUCAGUUUUUCUCCACCAAUACUAACAAUUCGAAACAAAAUAAAUUAUUUAAUGUUAGUACAUUGAUAGACAAUCCUGAUCUAUUUUUAAAUCAGUUUGACUUGUCAUUUAACGUUUCCCCCUCAGAAAGGUCUACUACUGCGGAAGACAUGCUGUUGGAAAAUCUACAAAAUAAUAAUACAUUUUUAGUAAAUGGUAGUUCUAAAACUCCUUCAAAUCAAAUGGAAAUUCAAAACUCCAACUCAAAUGACAUUAAUAAUGGUGUCUUGGACGACGUUGAGAUAGAUGAAAAACUAAUUUCCGACAUUUCAUCCAAAUUUGCAAGUUACGAUGUAGAGCGAGCACUCUCCAAUAACAGUGUAACAGAUAUGUCAAUGGAUGAAGAUAUCCAGAAAGAUGAGAAGCUAUUACAAUACUUACAAGAGGUAUUGAAGUACGCUAUAGAAAAUAGAAGAUUAUCAUUCUCGAAAAGUUCAAUUAAAGAAAUCAAUUCCAACAUCUCGAAAUUACAGGGAAGGGUAAACAAGAUGAGAAAUAUAAAUAAUAAUGGUUACCAAACUCAAGUAGAUAAUACUAACUAUAUGCAGCAAUAUUUUGAUCACCCUGGUGGUGUUCAAACUAACUCUAGUGACAAUGGAAUUCAAUUUUAA